CGUGCACUGAACACACGUGUGACUACAGGAAGAUGGAGAAUGUAACAGAAGGGACAUGGGACACUUUACCGGACAGAUUACAUGACAAAAUACGGAAAACUCUCCGAGAACUGAACUUCAGUCACAUGACCCCGGUACAGUCUGCGACUAUUCCUCUGUUUAUGGGCAACAAAGACAUUGCUGCAGAAGCGAUAACCGGAAGUGGCAAGACUUUGGCCUUUGUAAUCCCACUUUUGGAGAUACUGCUAAGGAGAGAAAUAAAGCUAAAGAAAAAUCAGGUUGGUGCUAUAAUCAUUACCCCAACCCGUGAGCUUGCUAUACAGAUUGAGGAGGUGCUGUCACAUUUCACAAAACAUUUUCCUCAAUUCAGCCAGAUCCUCCUCAUUGGGGGUAGUAAUCCAGUUGAAGAUGUAAAGAAACUGAAAGAACAUGGUGGAAACAUCAUUGUGGCUACACCUGGUAGGUUAGAAGACAUGUUCCGUCGACAGGCCGAAGGGCUGGAUUUGGUCAGCAGUGUCAAGACCCUGGAUGUUCUUAUUUUGGAUGAGGCUGACAGACUUCUGGAUAUGGGGUUUGAAGCCAGUCUAAACACUAUAUUGGACUACCUACCAAAGCAAAGGAGAACAGGACUUUUCUCAGCUACACAAACCCAGGAAGUUGAGAAUCUUGUACGAGCUGGAUUGCGCAAUCCUGUUCGAAUCGCUGUAAAGGAGAAAGGGGUGGCAGCCACUUGCACGCAGAAAACACCAACCAGGCUACAAAAUUACUACAUGAUUUGUAAAGCAAAUGAAAAGUUUAAUUAUCUUGUGAGUUUUCUACGCCAGAGGAAACAAGAGAAGCAUUUAGUAUUUUUCAGUACCUGUGCUUGUGUGGAGUAUUAUGGGAAAGCUCUGGAAGCAUUUAUAAAGAAUGUCAAAGUUAUGAGCAUUCACGGCAAGAUGAAACAUAAACGAAAUAAGAUCUUCACAGAGUUCCGAAAGUUAGAAAGUGGUAUAUUGGUGUGUACAGAUGUAAUGGCAAGAGGUAUUGACAUUCCAGAAGUAAACUGGGUUAUACAAUAUGAUCCUCCUAGCAGUGCCAGUGCCUUUGUACAUCGUUGUGGACGCACAGCACGAAUUGGUCAUCAUGGCAGUGCACUUGUGUUUUUUGCUUCCUAUGGAAGAGUCCUAUGUCAGUUUUCUGUCUAUUAAUCAAAAGUGCCCGCUGCAGGAAAUGGCAGAACUAAACUGCACAGUUGACCAUCUGCCAAAACUUAGGUCCAUGGCACAGGGUGAUCGGGCAAUGUUCGAGAAAGGCAUGAAAGCUUUUGUGUCUUAUGUGCAAGCCUAUGCUAAACAUGAAUGCAACUUAAUAUUCAGAGUGAAAGAUUUGGACUUCUCAGCUCUUGCACGUGGCUUCGCUCUGCUGAAAAUGCCUCGCAUGCCAGAAUUGAGAGGAAAGAACUUCUCAGACUUUGUUCCCAGUUCUAUCGAUACAAACUCUAUCCCUUAUAGAGAUAAAAACCGAGAAAAGCAGAGACAAAAAAUGAUGCAGGAGAGGAAGGAGAAGCAGGAUGAAGAUGGCGGAAGGAAAAAUUUUGCCAAGAACAAAGCCUGGUCCAAACAGAAAUUACGCAAAGCUAAAAAGAAGAAAAAAUGGCUCUUAAGAGGAAACAUGAAGAGGGCUCUGAUAUAGAUGAUGAGGAUGUGGAUGAGCUGCUUCAUGAUACCAGGUUGCUGAAAAAGUUGAAGAAGGGAAAAAUUACUGAGGAAGAAUUUGAGAAGCAGCUAACAUCAACUGCAGGAGCCAAGGGUGAAUCUGACAUCUCGGACUGA